CGCUGCAUACCAGUUGGGCAUUCACUUCUAUCUGCCAAUCCACUCUCCCAUCAUGACCCAAGACGUCCCCGCCACCGACCCCGCCGUCUACGACGCCUACCAGGCCCAGUGGGCGGCCCUCCCCGACUCCCCCCAGGCCUGGCUGGCACGGGCGCGGGAAGUCGCCGCGGUUCUGGGGCAGGAUGCAGCCCAGCGCGACCAGGAGAACAAAUCGCCGCGGGCGGAGGUGGUGUUGCUGAAACACUCGGGGCUGCUGAAGCUGCUCGGCCCCAAGAGGUACGGCGGCGGCGAGCAGCCCUGGUCGGUGGGCUAUCAGGCCAUCCGCGAGGUGGCCAAGGGUGAUGGCUCCAUCGGCAUGCUCCUCGGCUACCAUCUCCUCUGGUCCACCACCGCCAACGUCGUCGGCACACCCGAACAGGCCGAGCGCAUCCAGGAAUGGAUCCUCACCAACAACUACUUCGUCGGGGGGGCCGUCAAUCCGCGCGACAGCGACCUGAGGAUCACCUCCGAAGGGGACCACAUCGUCUUCAACGGGGCCAAGUUCUUCAACACGGGCGGCGUCGUGUCGGAUGUGACGGUGCUGGAGGGCGUCCUGGCCGGCACGGACGAGCAUAUCUUCGCGCUGGUGGAGACUCGCCAGCCGGGCAUCCAGUUCGCGCAUAACUGGCAUAACAUCGGGCUGCGGUUGACCGAGUCGGGGGGCGUCAAGAUCGACAAUGUGCGCGCGCCGUGGACCGAUGCCCUGGGAUGGGAUGCCAGCUCCCAGACACCCCGCGAGGAGGUGCUGAAGAUUCCCUUUGCAGGGUUGCUGCUCCCCACCAUCCAACUCGUCUUCAGCAACUUCUACCUCGGCAUCGCGCAGGGCGCGCUGGACUUCGCCUCCAAAUACACCGUCUCCUCGACCCGCGCCUGGCCCUUCGGAGGCGACAACAAGGCCUCCGCGACCGACGAGUUCUACAUCCUGGAGCGCUACGGCAACUUCUUCGCGCACCUGCGCGCCGCCGAAGCCCUGGCCGACCGGGCGGGCGACCACCUCACAGCCCUCUACCGGGACCACUCGGCCAACCGCCCGGCCCUGACGCCGCAGCACCGCGGCGAGGUCGCCGAAUGGAUCGCCAGCGUCAAGGUCGUCACCACCGACGUCGGGCUGCGGGUCACGGCGGGCGUCUUCGAGGUGACGGGGGCGCGGGCGACCUCGUUGAAGGUGGGCUUGGAUCGGUUCUGGAGGGAUAUUCGCACGCAUACCCUGCAUGACCCCGUCGCGUAUAAGAAUCGCGAGUUGGGGCGGUAUGCCCUCCUAGGGGAGGUGCCGGAGGUGACGUGGUAUACUUAGUUGGUUUGAGCAUGUUCCUCGCAGUUGUUUGUAAUAAGUAUAUACGAAUUGAUGGUCCUGAG